CUCUCUCUCUUAGUGUGUAAGUGCAGGAAAAUGGCUGAGGCCAGUAUUUCGGUAGAUCAGGACCAGUUCAUCUGUCCAGUGUGUCUCGAUCUCCUAAAGGAUCCGGUGACUAUCCCCUGUGGUCACAGUUUCUGUAAGGUGUGUAUCCAUGACUGCUGGGAUCAGGAGGAUCAGAAGGGCGUCUACAGCUGUCCUCAGUGCAGAGACACUUUCACUCCAAGGCCUGUUCUACAAAGAAACAACAUGCUGGCUGAAGUGGUGGAGAAACUGAAGAAGAAGACUGAAGUCCAAGCUGCUUCUCCUGCUCACUGUUAUGCUGGACCUGGAGAUGUGGAGUGUGAUUUUUGCACCGGGAGAAAAUACAAAGCCGUCAAGUCCUGUCUGACGUGUUUAGCUUCAUUUUGUGAAACUCAUCUGAAACCUCAUUAUGAAGUUUCUUCCUGGAAACAACACACAUUAACUGAAGCUUCAGCAAAACUCCAAGAGAAGAUCUGCUCUGAACAUAACGAACUGAUGAAGAUCUACUGCCGAACUGAUCAAACCUGCAUCUGUUAUUUGUGUACGAUGGAUAAUCACAAAGGACACGACACCGUCACAGCCGCAGCAGAAAGAGCUGAGAAACAGAGUGAGUUAAAGGAGAAGCAGAUGAAAUCCCAGCAGAGAAUCCAGGAGAAACAGAAGAAGGUGCAGAAGCUGAAACAGGCUGUGAACACUAUAAAGUUAAAAGCACAGACAGCAGUGGAGGACAGUGAGAGGAUCUUUACUGAGCUGAUCAGCUCCAUGGAGAAAAAGCGCUCGGAGGUGACGGAGCUGAUCAGAGCUCAGGAGAAGACUGAACUGAGUCGAGCUGAACGACUCCUGGAGCAACUGGAGCAGGAGAUUGCUGAUCUUCAGAGGAGACUCACUGAGCUGGAGCAGCUUUCACACACACACGAUCACAUCCAGUUUAUCCAGACUUUAGCUUCUGAGCGUCAGUCUCCCACAUUUGAAAGACCAGGCUUUCAGACCUCCAGCAUCAGUGUCCCUCAACAUCUCUCAUUUGAUGGAGUGAGGGAUUCUCUCUCAGAUCUGAAGAAGAGACUCGAGGAAUUCUGUGAGGCGGAAUUCAACAAAAUCCCUCCACAUGGUGCAGCAGUUCAGAUCUUUUCCCCACCAGGGCCACAGAGCAGAGAAGAUUUUCUGAAAUAUUUCUGUUAUCUGACUCUGGAUCCCAACACGGCACAUCGUUACCUCAUUCUGUCUGAGAAAGAAAGAGUAGUGUGUUUCACUGAGAGAGAGCAGCAGUACUCUGAUCAUCCAGAGAGAUUUUAUUACUGCUCUCAGGUGUUGUGUAAGGAGAGUGUUUGUGGACGCUGUUACUGGGAGGUGGAGUGGAGGGGUUACAGUGUUUCCAUAUCAGUCUCAUAUAAAAAUAUCAGCAGGAAAGGACGAGGUAAGAUAUGUGGAUUUGGACAAAACAAUCAGUCCUGGAGUCUGCGGUGUCGUUCUUCUUCUCUCUAUUUCUGUCACAACAACAUUAGGACUGAUCUCAGAGCUCCAUCAUCCUCCAGAAUAGGAGUGUAUGUGGAUCACAGUGCAGGAACUCUGUCCUUCUACAGCGUCUCUGACACGAUGAAGCUCCUCCACAGAGUCCACACCACAUUCACUCAGCCUCUGUACGCUGGGUUCUGGCUCCACUAUAGUUCCAACUCCAUUGUGAGCUUGUAUGAUAGUCUAUAGUGUUUUGUGUAACAUUCCUACACAUUGUCACAUUGUUUCUAAGUCAUCUGUUUCACUAGCCCACAAUCUUUACUUCAUGUGUUUAAGGUUUCUUUAACUUUUCUUUAACACUGUAUUGUGCAAAUUAAACCAUCUUGGAUGUGUUACAUUAAAAACUCAUGCUUAAAUAAAAAACAUCUAAACAUUCUCCUCCCUAGAUGCUGAUUAAUUAAUACCACUAAAUUCUCACAUGGAUUUCCUGGACACAAAAAUUUCUUCUUGUUUUAGAAAAAAACGAGGGGCAAAGGAACGUAUUAAGUUGCUCAGUGCUGAGCUGGGAAAACAUUUAAACAAAGAAACCAUUGUCCUGUCUAUUUACUAAUUUAGUUGCAGUCUUACUGUUUCAAAAGAUCAGCACACUCAUUUUUAAAUUGCUAAAUAAAUUAUUAAACUAUGAUAACUUUUGUUUCUACUCCACUGUAUUUUAUUGUUGUCCUAACAUGAUUUUUAGCUGGUAAAAGUGUUUGGCUUGUGAUUUGUCAGAUCCUCAGUCACGAUAAUCUUGGAGUCUGUAUUUUGAAUUGUUUACUGCUA